CCAGGAUCUGAAGCCUUCACUACUUUAGGGCCAAUAUUCUUCGUCAAAACAUGAACCAAAUACCCGAGAUUCUGUAUGGCAAGACCGGACAGAAAACUUGGUGUAUCGUUGGUGCAUCCAGAGGCAUAGGUUUGGAGUUUGUGCGACAGUUGAUCGCUCGUGAAGACCGCAUAUUCGCAACAGUCCGCGACGUCGCCGCCGUUCAUGCAUCCGGGCUUUGGGCGCAGGCAGGAAACGAUCAUGGCAGAUGUCAGAUGUUGAUCUGCGAUGUCCUAUCAGAACAAAGCAUAAAUAGUUUCGUCACUCAGCUCGCCGCUAUACCAAACCUGAAGUUAGAUUAUGUCGUGAUUAAUGCUGGUGUUUUGAGAUACCCGAAUAGAGCGACCGAAUUUUCGUUCGACGAAUUCGCUUUCCACCUGCAUACCAAUACCAUUGGACCGAUCAUCACUGCUCAGAGACUCCUUCAGACAAUGAUUCCGAUUGGAACAAUUGUCUUCAUGUCCAGCGAUUCAGGUUCAGCACAACGGUUCCUGGAAAUGGAGGAUGGGUUCGCAGCUUACUCUGCAUCAAAAGCCGCGUUGAAUCAGGCGAUGCGGCAUAUGGCUGCCGAACUCAAGCGCAAAGACGACGAUACUAUCCUACUAGCAAUUCAUCCUGGAGAGGUCGCCACGGAUAUGGCAAACAUCGAUCUUGGAUGGGAAGUCGACGGCAUCAUGACGCCAGAAGAAUCAGUCUCUGCUAUGAUCAAGGUCAUCGAGAGCAAGGGUAUACAGCACAGCGGAACAUUCUGGACUUGGGAGAAUAAACAAUAUCCUUGGUGAGUGAGUGUUGGCAGAAUCAUUGUUGCGUGGCCCGGACCGAGUGACUCUACAAGGAUACAGCCCUUUGUAGACAAGAGCAGGGAAGCAAAGAAUCAAGGGCCGAGGAGAACACAAGAUGAUGGAUAUGAAACGCGACAAGAGGAUCGAAAAUAGGUAACCAUAAUGUUGAAUGUUUAACUCACGCU